AUGUUUAAAUUCAUUUUUAUAUUAUGCAUUGUGCUUAGCCUCUAGAAAAGAAUCUACAAUAAAAAAUAUGAAGAGGACCCUCUUAACCCAUAUGAAAUAUGCCAAAGAAAAUUCUGUUAAAAUUAGGCUGAUUAAUGCUUUUCUGAUAGUCUUUGUAUGUCUACACAACAUAAUUGCUUCUCUAAAUAUUACUAAUAAGGAUCCUAAAAUUAUAAAAAAUUGGUACUCUGUUGCAAUCAAAUCAUUAGUACUAUUAAUGCAUCAAAUCAAAUAUUAAAGCCAAAUAAUACAUAAACUGUAUGGAAACUCAUUGUUAACAAGACCUUUUGUUUAUUUUAUCAAGUAUCUGGCAGAAUCCAUGA